GGGAGGCGGGUCUUCGUUCUGCGCUUUGCACAAAGUCUCAGUUUGGAGCUGCGCGAUUUCAUCUUUUCCUUCCCCUUUCUCUUUCAGGAAGGGGAGGGCUGUGCGCAUGCUCGCUUUGAGGUGACCUCAAAUGUGCUGCCGGUUGUCCGGAAGCCUGUGGAGGGCGAAGAACCCUGGACUGUGAGUUGGCUCCCUGUGGUACGUGAAACCCGCUAUGUCUUGGCAGGGGAAGGGAGAUGGAGUAGGGACCGAUACUGGUUGUCUGUGAGGCCCGCGAGGCCCAAGCCCUGGUUGGCCUCAUGACCCCAGCAGGACAACAGCCCCGAGUAGAAUGGCCGACGUGCCGUUCGGGCCGCGCUUCUACACUCUGCUGGUUUUGGUGUCAAAGAACAUUCAAGAUGGCUGCAGCAUCAGGGAAGGGAUCUAUACGGAAAGCAAAAUCAUUUACUGUAAAGACGGUGCUAAAUAACCCGUAUGCUGUCAACUGGACUACUCUGGACAGAGAUGAUAUGCACUUCAUUUUACAGACACUAGAAGAAAGAUUUAAACAUGUUGGACUUCAAAAGAUUGAGAAUCCAAAGAAGAAAAAACGGCCUAUUUCAAAACGACAAACUAAAGAAAAGGAUUCUAUUGAUAAUGAUGAAGUUCCAAAGAAAAAAGAAACAGAAGUUAGCCAGAAAGUACCUGGAUGGACUCCUAUACAUGUGAGGAAACAACUUGCCAUUGGGAUUAAUGAAGUCACCAGAGCGCUAGAAAAAAAUGAACUGCUUUUAGUGUUAGUGUGCAAAUCUGUCAAACCUGCUAUGAUGACCUCCCACCUGAUUCAGUUGAGUGUCAGCAGAGCUAUCCCAGCUUGCCAGGUUCCACGCCUUAGUGAAAGCAUUGCACCCGUUAUUGGUUUAAAGUGUGUCUUAGCUCUGGGUUUCAAAAAGAACACUGAAGCCUUUGUUGAAGAACUAAAAGCUAUAAUUCCCAGGGUGCCUAGUUUGCAUGUGCCCUGGCUUCAUGACAAAACUAAAGAUUCCCUGGAAGAUACAGACAUUGAAACUUUGGAAACUCAAGAUGCAAAUGUUUUAGAAACCUCCUUUGAAGAGCUUACUAAAAAUAAGCGAAAGCUUGUUGAAUGUCAGCAAGAUACUUCUGCUGUAACUUUACAGCCCCUAAAAAUAAAGAAACUAAUUCCAAAUCCCAAUAAGAUAAAGAAACCAUCAAAAAAUAAAAAAACUACUUUAAAGUAACAUGUGAAACAUAACUUGAAAACAUCUUUUCACAAUUGAAACUAAUUUCUAAUAAAAUGAAUUACUUUUA